AUGAAAGUCAUUGGCAGGGAGCUAGACAAAAACUCAUCGGGAUACAUAACUUUGAUUGCAGAAAAUGAGGAAGAUAUGUGGCUGACUUACAACUUAGUUCAAAUUGGAGACAAAAUGAGAUGUUCUACAGUUCGAAAGGUUCAGAACGAAUCUGCAACUGGCAGUGUCCAAACAAAGCAAGUCAGAACUAACCUAACAAUUGAGGUUGAGAAGAUUGAUUUUGAUGUACAAGGUUCAGUACUACACUUGAAAGGGCGCAAUGUGGUCGAGAAUCAGUUUGUCAAAAUGGGUGCUUAUCAUACACUGGAUCUAAAAAUCGAUGAAAAAUUUACGAUUUCUAAAACAGAAUGGGAUAGUGUUGCUAUAAUGCUUGUUGAGCAAGCGUCUGAUCCAACGCAACAAGCUGAUCUUGCUGCAGUAAUCAUGCAUGAAGGUUUAGCAUAUGUUUGUCUCAUAACAAGUACGACUACAAUUGUGCGGGCAAAGAUUGACACAACGAUUCCACGCAAACGUCCAGGUUUGCCAACUGCCCAACAUGAGAAGGGGUUAUCGCGGUUUUUCGAACAAAUUAUGCAAGCUUUGGAACGCCAUAUUCGUUUUGAUAUUGUCAAAUGUAUAAUCUUAGCCAGUCCUGGAUUUCUACGUGAGCAAUUUUUCGAGUUUGUAAUCCAAACAGCAACAAGACAAGAAAAGCGUGUAUUCUUAGAGAAUAAAUCUAAAUUUAUGCUUGUUCAUUCUUCAUCUGGUCAUAAGCAUGCUCUUAAAGAAGUGCUGACAGAUCCUAUUGUUAUGAGUAAGCUGGCCAAUACAAAAGCGACUUCUGAAGUAACUGCUCUAAAUGAUUUCUAUCAAAUGCUUAAAAUGGACCAGUCACGUGCAUUCUAUGGUUAUAAACAUGUUAAAACAGCUUGUGAUGCAUGCGCUAUUGACACGCUACUAGUAUCGGACGCUUUAUUUCGUUCACGGAAUUUGGAUGAAAGGAAACGAUAUGUUGAGUUAGUAGAUCAAGUGAAAGAUAAUCAGGGCACUGUACGCAUAUUUUCUAGUCUACAUGUUUCUGGCGAACAACUUAAUCAACUGACAGGAGUUGCGGCGAUACUACGUUUCCCAAUACCUGAACCAGUGACAGACGAAUCAGACAGUUCCCAAGAUGAUGGUGAUAAUUAA